GUUGCAUGACAGGUGCACACGCAAUCCUCCAUCUUGUGCAUCCUGAACUAAGGCAAAAGGGCAUCAACCACAUACAUUCAAUAAAAAUAAAAGCAAGACCGCGCGUAGAGAAAAAUAGGCAAAUUCCCGAAAUGUAAAUUAGAGAGAAAAAUCAACAACCCUCCUUUAAUUGAAUGACGGACGAGGGAGACCAGAACGAAGAAUAUCGACUGCGUAUGGUCAAGGAAGACUAACGACCGCUUACAUUGUCAGCUUUACCCGGUCUAGUAACGAAUAAACUAUUAAAGAAAACAAAAUGGCUCAGUGGUUGACCAAGAUGGGCGUCAAGAAGCUGGCCAUCCUUCUCCUCGUCUUCUUGGUCUGGAUAGAGGGAGGAUCCACUAAAGAGAAAGGGACAAGGAAAGGGAAGAAGGGGAAGCAAGUUUACUGUCCUUCACAGCUGACACCUGAGGAUCUCGCACGGGUCCCUGAGAAUUCAACCAGUAACAUCUUGAACAGAUUACUGAUCACCUAUGAUCCUCGAAUCAGGCCCAACUUCAAAGGCAUUCCUGUGGAGGAUAAAGUUAACAUAUUUAUAAACAGCUUUGGGUCAAUCCAGGAGACCACUAUGGAUUACAGAGUGAACAUCUUCCUGAGGCAGCGAUGGAAUGAUCCCAGACUCAGGCUACCUCGGGACUUUAAGUCUGAAUCGCUCACCGUUGAUCCAAAGAUGUUCAAAUGCCUGUGGAAGCCUGAUCUGUUCUUCGCUAACGAGAAGAGCGCCAACUUCCACGACGUCACCCAGGAGAACAUUCUCCUCUUCAUCUUCCGCAACGGUGACGUCCUCAUCAGCAUGAGGUUGUCUGUCACUCUAUCCUGUCCUCUGGACCUGACCCUGUUUCCCAUGGAUACGCAGCGCUGUAAGAUGCAGCUGGAGAGCUUUGGCUAUACGACGGAUGACCUGCAGUUUAUGUGGCAGUCAGGGGACCCUGUCCAGAUGGAGGAGAUCGCCCUUCCCCAGUUUGAUAUCAAACAGGAGGAUAUAGAGUAUGGAAACUGCACCAAAUUCUAUGCAGGGACAGGCUACUACACGUGUGUGGAGGUGAUCUUCACCCUGAGGAGGCAGGUGGGCUUCUACAUGAUGGGUGUCUAUGCCCCCACACUCCUCAUCGUGGUCCUCUCCUGGCUCUCCUUCUGGAUCAACCCUGAUGCCAGCGCUGCCAGGGUCCCUCUAGGGAUCCUCUCGGUGCUCUCCUUGUCUUCUGAGUGCACGUCCCUGGCCUCAGAGCUGCCCAAGGUGUCGUACGUGAAGGCCAUCGACAUCUGGCUGAUCGCCUGCCUACUGUUUGGCUUCGCCUCGCUGGUGGAGUAUGCCGUGGUGCAGGUGAUGCUCAACAGCCCCAAGCGCAUCGAGGCCGAGAAGGCCAAGAUGGCAUCCAAGGUAAAGGCAGAGGGCAAGGAGAAGGCGGUGGGCAAGAACAACACGAUCAACGGUACCAGCGAGACUCCCUGUCAUGUCAGCACGCUGCAGGGGGCAGAGACCCGGUGCAAAAAGGUGUGCACCUCCAAGUCGGACCUGCGCACCAACGACUUCAGCAUUGUGGGCUCACUGCCGCGGGACUUUGAGCUUUCGAACUUUGACUGCUACGGGAAGCCCAUUACCUUGCCCCAUGGCCUGAGCAAAAGCCAGGCCAAGGCCAAGAAACGUCCGCCGCCCAAGCCCGUCAUUCCCUCAGCCGCCAAGCGGGUCGACCUCUACGCCCGAGCCCUCUUCCCCUUCUCCUUCCUCUUCUUCAACGUCAUCUAUUGGUCCGUGUACUUGUGAUCAGGGAUGGAAUUGAAGGGCUAGUAGAACACACCUUUGCUUGUGAGCAUCUUGUAUUUUGAUCCAUUCUUCCUUAAAGUUAUUUAUUUGUUGAUCUGUUUAUAUUAAUCUAUAUACUAGAACAAUCAUAUCAUCCAUUAAUUCAUCAUUAUUGGCACUAGGAAGAGCAAACAUCCAUCACAGGUGUAAUUCGUGAGAUGAAUGGUAUAAAUUAUUUGACAAUUUGAAAAUCAAUAAAGAAAAAAAAAUAGAAUACUGUUGUAGUACUUAGUUCAAGGAAAUCAUAAGAGAAAUUACAAAUAAUUGUAAAUUGGUCUCCAUGUUUAAGCUAGCAGGGUUUUAACGUAGACAGUCCCAGAAUUCCAAAAUGCAUUCUGAUAAGUUAAAUAAAUUGCAUUGUGAAACCCAAACGUAUUAUGUCGAACUCUCUCAAACGCUCCAGAGAACCGCACCAGGGUACCGCAUUUCAUAUGUGAAAACACCCUAAAAAUAGAUAAAAUAAAUAAUUUAUUAAAAAUAUUAGUGUACAUAGCCAGAUCCUCUGCUUUUUGUCACUAAGAGCAGGAACUUGCUCGCAAGAUUGAUAAGAUGGCAUCGGCACAAAGUUUACAAUUGCAUGUUAAAAAUUGCUUAUAUGAUUUUAAAUACAGUAUAUUAUAUCUAUGAAAGUUUAUUAAAGCUACGGUAUGUAACUUUUUGUGCGACCCGACCAAGUUCACAUAGAAAAGUGAGUUAUAGAUCUGUAAUUCUCAUUGAAAGCAAGUCUAAGAAGUGGAAGAUAUGUUCUAUGUGCGCUAUUUCU